CCGUGAAGUAUGAUUUAUAUUAUGUAGUCACUGUUGUUCAUGUAUUUUUAAAAAUAGUGAAUUAACCUUAACAGUUUUAAGUUGAAGAAGUGUUAAAAUGGCUAACGCAGAUUUUAGAAAGGAUGUGACCAUGCCUGUUCGCCCGAGGAGCGUUUAUACCGCACAUUCUUACAAUCAGGAGGAGUCUAACUUGUCCGCGUUCCAAGACUAUAGCAAGUUCCUCGAAGGCGGCCUCGGGCAGGCAGAACUCGUGGGCGCGGCCGGCUGGCAGCCCCCGUGGCGGGCUCCGCUGCAGCGCAAGGCACCUUUCUACCCCGGAGACGAUAUCUACCAUGCCGACACCUGGAGGGAGCUUGAGGUCACGGACGUGGUGGGAGGCGCGGGAUACAACGCCUCCGUAACCCCGCAUGGUACUGUUUGCCUCCGACUCCGUGAUAGGGUGAAGGUGGACAUGACGAUCGACGGCGCGGUGCGCGUCACCAACGCCAAGAACAACAUCAUUCUGGCGCUGUCCCGGUCGGGUGCCGCAGCCGCGCUCAUCCACCCCAACGGCCGCGUCUACCACUACGGCUCCCGCGUUGAGAUCCAGGCUCGCCACCAGCAGGGGAAUAACAAGUACGCAAAGAUGUGGUACAAGGGCGUGUCGUUCACGGCCGAACAGUGCGCACUGGUGUACCUCGUGGACGCGGCGGGCACGCGCACCACCACCGACACCUUCCUCGACAUGAGCCAGGACUUCACCCUCAACGUGUUCUACAACGAGUCGCGCCACGGCCCGUCGUUCGUCAAUGAAGCGCUGUCGCUGCUGCAGGCCGCGCAGUACUGGCUCACCGACGACGGCAUCGAUAACUGGAUCAUCAACAACGUGCGCGUCAGCCAGACUGCUGACGGACUUGUCAGGAUCCAUCGCUGCAGCCACAAGUACCAGUUGCGCACGAGCCCCAGCAACGGGUCGGCGUCCAUCACCAGCCCAUUCCUGCACUGCACCGCCUCGCUUGGCCAGACACAGCACCUUUUUGUGCGCCGCGGCGAGAGGCGGAUGCACUUUGACGGCAACUCCUUCAUCGUCCGCAACGCCGGCCACUCGGCCGGCUUCGACGACAAGAACCAACUCAAGGUGUACUAGCAACCCCACGCCAACAGCCGCUGACAACUCGACUGACUGGAAUGUUGUACAGAACUCUUAGCCCGCACACAACACGAUGGUUUCUUCUAUUUUAUUCACUUUAGAUGUACGAAACACGUGGACAAGUCGCUUUCAAAGUUUCCGGUGAAUUAGUCGUUAUUUUUAAUCAGCGCCAGUGUGUAAAGCUUACCCGAGUUUUUGAUUAUUUAUUUCUAAUCGCAUUUUUGGUGGCACUGCCAAGCUCGCCUCAACGAAGACUUGUCGCUCGAGUCAUAGUAUUUCAUAGUAAUUAAGAUUACAGUUUCAUGAUUAAGUGUUAGAUCAUCGUCUCAUGAUGUGCGUACUGACUUACUCUAACGGUAUUUUAUUUUUAUAGCUUUUUGUAUACGUUUUCUUUUUCUUUAAUAAUAUA